AUAGCAGAGGCACACGCGUAGAAACUAAGCACCUACAGAUUGAAGUAUUCUUCGUCACUGCUUAAAGGCUCCCUUUAUUUUAAAAAAUCAAGGAAACAUGACGAGUGCAGGCAGCUUAUCGAUUUGGAGCAAACGUUAUCGUAAACAAAUAUUGGUAACGGUUGUAGCUCACAUUAUAACAUUUACACAUGGCAUCAGCUUGGGUUGGCUUUCUCCCAUUAUACAAGUUUUACAAUCGCCCGAUUCCCCGCUGAGCUUCACCAUUACAACUGAACAAGUCUCCUGGAUUGGUUCACUCUUUGGUAUUGGCUUUUUGGUUGGCAAUAUAUUUUUUGGACUCACACUAGAUCGACUAGGAAGGAAACUUAAUAUGUAUUUGCUGGCUAUUCCGCAUAUGCUCUUUUGGAUCUUGAGUUAUGCAGCACAGAGUAUCAAUUAUCUGUAUGCGGCACGUUUCUUUGCUGGCUUCACUAGUAGUGGCAUGUAUGUGGUGAUACCAAUCUUCAUUAGCGAGUUAUCCGACAAGGAAAUUCGUGGCGCUCUAACUGCUAUGGCUAUGGGCUUUCUCAGUACUGGUAUUUUACUUGGAUAUGCGCUGCCAGCAUAUCUUGAUUAUUUUCUCGUGCCUUGUAUUAUAAUUUUUCUGCCUAUCAUUUAUUUUAUUGCUUGCUUACUCUUUCCGGAAACGCCGCAAUUCUUACUCAAACGUGGACAUUCGGAAAAGGCUGAGGAAUCGUUUAAUUUUUAUAAAAGCUUACCGAAACGAGAGGUAAAUGCGGAUCAGAAAUAUAAUAGAGAUUUGGAACAUUCGCAACCGACCAUGCCGAUAAUCAGCGAAUUUGAUGAGCUCAAAGCGGCUGUACAAUCUGGAGGAUUGGCCACACCAAUAACCAUUAAGGAUUUCUUCACAAAAUCUGCGAUGUUUAAAUUUUUCACAGCCUUCAUUGUGUGCAUUCUCAAUCAAUUCUCCAGUAGUUUUGUCUUUGUUAGCUAUAUGUCAGCGAUUUUUACUUCAUCCGGUUCGUCAAUGGAUCCCAACGAAUGUACCAUCUAUAUGGGCGUAGUAGAGAUAGCAGGCACCGUGACAUCAACCGUAUUGGUAGAACGUUUUGGUCGGAAGGUAUUGUUGCUUUCCUCUACUGCUACCAUGGCUGCAUCCAUGUUUGCGUUCGGCAUUUUUGUGCAAUUCACUGAUGAAGCGACAAAGACACAAUACGAUUGGGCGCCAUUACUAUUAAUGGCUUUGGUGGUAUAUACAGCAGCUUUCGGCAUUGUUGGAUUAACUUAUACAAUUAUUGUAGAGAUUUUGCCAGCAAAGAUUCGUGGGCAAGCUCAAGCCAUCUGCAUGAUUUUUAUGAGUAUAUGUGUAUUUGGCGCACUACAUCUGUAUCCAAUGUUCCUUUACAACUAUGGACUGCCAAUAACAAUGUACUCCUGCACAGGAGUUUGCAUUGUCUGUGGGAUUUAUUUGUUAAUUUUCCUAGAAGAGACAAGAGGCAAAUCAAUGGAACUAGACUAGAUAAUCGUGCACUGAAGGGAAUAAUACGCCAAAGAAUCUCUGGCAAAAUGUUUAAUGCAUUCGUUCUAGAUGCGAAGAAAAUUUUUUAUAUAAUA